AUGUCUGAGAAAGCAGAGGAUCUAAAGGACAUGAUGCCCACUGAGCACAAAUCCAUGUGGAAGACUGCUGAGGAGAGGCGCAUGUCUGACCUCACACGGGUGCUGGAGUGGAUGGAGCGGAGGCAGGGCAAGAAGAAGCAAGUUCUCCAGAAGAACAAACCCAAGGAAGUGGCAACUGUUCCUAAGACAAGUGGGACAGAAGAAAAGAAAAAAGGCAUCUUGAAACAGCAUCAGGGAGGAAAACACCAGGUGCUUUUCCCUGGGCAGGUUUCCCAGCAAAGCUCCAGGAAAGACAGAGACCUUGUCACAUACCGAAGGCUCUACGGGAUAGAGCCAAAGGGAAAACGCCUCAGCAUGGUUCUGGGCAACUAUGCCAAGAAUGGCUCCAAGAAACCUGAUUUAGACAAGAAGGAUGCAAUGGCCAUGGAGAGCUCUCCACGGGGAGGCACACACCGUCAACAAAGCAGUUUAGAUCCUGUAUUCCAGGAUAGUCUCUUUCCCCCACGGAGGAGCACGCUCAUGAGAGAGUGGCCAACCAAGAUGCCUGAUACCUCUUACGAGCGCAAGCUGAAGUCCCUCAUGGAGAAGGGCACCGAGCCCAAAAUGGAGACUGUCAAAAUGUUGAAGCCGGAGGAGGUGCUGAGUUGCCGAUACCUGAGGCUGUCCAAGAACAAUAUCAAGACCUUGCUCAAGCUGUGCAAAGAUGCAGGGAUGAACGUGGACAUCCACCCCCAUAUGGUUGAAGGAGACAUAGAUGCUAACAUGGUGUUCGCCCAUACCCUCACCACAGCCCUCUAA